UUUGUGGCGGUUGGUAUAAUGUGGAAUUUGACACUGUGUAAAAUGGCUGAUAUCUAAAUAUUGAGAAGUUUUCUUUGUUUUCAGUUUAAUUUUCCUUUAGUUAGUGUUUAUAAAGUGACAUGUGUUGUUUUAUUAGAUAGAACAUAUUAAAGUGAAUCGGUUCGUAGUGAUAAUAGUGCCUUAAUGAGUUGAUUCCCUGUGAUACAGUGGGACAUUUUUAAAGGUUUGACACAAAAAUCUGUCAAUCUCCAACUAUAGCAGAUUCUAAUUUAUUUUCGCAUUUCCAGAGAUUUAUCCAGGAAGCGUCUGCAGCAUCUUAAUAUACUGGAAUGAUCCACUUAAAGGAUAAUGUAAGGAUUUAUUCGUAAGCUGAGUAUGGGCCAAGGGCCUUGGCUCAUAGACAUGAAUCCUAACACUCCAGCCCGUUCUUCGGGCUAUCACCAAAAGGCCAUGGAAGAGAUCCAAAACUCUCUAAGGCCUUUUGCGAAAAGUGGCAGUGAGACUGUAGGGUCAAGCGCAGCUAGUACCAUCUCCAGUUUCUCUCAGACUAGUGGAGUGAGCUCAUUGAGCUCCGCCUCUGGUUCCAAUGGGGAUAGUGGAAAGGACCAUCUUCAAUUACGCCCCGGAGUAACCCAUUUACUGAGCUUGGGAUACUCGGAGGAUUCAUCUAUGCGCGCCCUUCAAGGAACUAACGGCCGCGUUGAUUUGGCGUUGGACUACCUGGCUAAGCAGUUGCCAGAAUCGAGCAAAAGCCCCGGUUACACCAAGUUGAUUCGCAAGCCUAGCAUUGAACGGGAGUUGGUGCAUCCGAGAGGAAGCCCCGCGUUGGAUUCGGGCGCCGGAAGUUCUCGAAGUGAUAGUCCUCGAAUGGCCGAUAUACAUGGAUCGAGGUAUUCGCCGAGUUUCGCGGAACCACCCCCACCGCCUCCACCAAGAACAACACCUCCACCUCCUCCGCCUCAUGCUCCUCCGGCAUAUCAGCAAUCAGUGCCGAAUAAUGUGCAGCAGAUGUUCAAGCGCAUGUCGCCCGCACCUCCGGUGGUGCCCAGUCGCGCUCAGCCUGCCAAUCCAGGAAGCGGCGCUUAUGGCUCUUCAUCCCAGAGGGGCACCAGUCCUGUUGGAGGCGGGGGCUCCAGUCGGCAACCAAUGGUAGUGCAGAAUGGCCCUCAGGUACAGCAGCAACUUUCGCAGCAAAUGCAGGCGUUGAGUCUGUAUCCGACAGGCGGGGUGAAUUCAGCCGAACCGCCUCCACCCUAUCCACUGACAGGUGGAGCGGUUGGGGGUGGCGCCCCACCUCCUCCGAGCUAUUCGGCCUCUAUCCAGAACCGACAGAGUCCAACGCAGGACUUUCGAAAAAGCCCUUCUUCUGGAAUUUAUUCCGGAUCGACGUCUGCAGGUUCUCCAAGUCCAGUGCCAGUCUCGACCUCAACCACACCAACCCCAAUGGCCAGGCCUACGCCUUUGCAAGCUUGGGGUGCGCGACAAACCGUAUCACAACCGCCGGUAAUCAUGCAGUCGGUUAAAAGUACCCAGGUGCAGAAGCCAGUUCUACAAACGGCCACAGCACCACCUAUACCAGCUACAUCUAAUGGUCCAAACACACCACCAGCCGCUGCGGUUCCUCCACCCUCUUACACCGCCUCUAUUCAGCAGAAGGUCUACACCAAUGGAGGCGGAGUUUCGGGUAAACCCGCCGCGCCCCUUCCAGGUGCACACGGCAGCAGCCUCGGGCCUCCCCUCAAUGUGCCCACUACUGAACCUCCCAGCUACGCCAGUACUAUGCAGGCGAAAGCAAAGGCUCAACGAGUCCAUCCGCCUUUGCCGCCUCCUCCAUACACAGAUGAUCCGCACAGUGGGUACAGUUCAGGCCAUCCCCAUCCCCCAUUGCAACGAAAGUAUUCGCCUGCUGUGGGCGGUCCAAACGAGUGCUGCAGAGCGGACAGUCCGCUCUCUGCCAGCUCGGGGGACGGCAGGAAUUUGUAUCCGGACAAUGGGGCUCCUCCAUUACCUCCUACUGCUUCCUCUUCAGUUAAAAGCAAUGCAAACAGUAACAACCACACCACGUUAAAUGGGAAUUCUUCAACGGAAAGUAAUGGUAGUAAAAACUCGGCGGAAACACCACCGCAACUGCCGCCUUACGCCAAGAUUAAACAUCAGUUGGGUGUUUCCUGUUUUCAGUCGCCUAUUCCCGAAAGGAAAAAAAUCAGCAAGGAAAAAGAAGAGGAAAGAAGGGAUGGUAAAGUGAAAAACUAUUCACCACAGGCCUUUAAGUUCUUCAUGGAACAGCAUAUCGAAAAUGUAAUUAAAUCUUACAGACAGAGAAUGUUCCGGAGAAUGCAAUUGGAAAAGGAAAUGGUGAAAAUCGGUCUCAGUACUGAUGCCCAGCAGCAGAUGCGCAAAAUGCUCUCGCAGAAAGAAUCGAACUACAUUCGACUGAAACGGGCCAAAAUGGACAAAAGCAUGUUCGUAACCAUCAAGCCUAUUGGAGUGGGCGCUUUUGGUGAGGUGACCCUUGUUCGGAAAAUCGACACAAAUCAUUUAUAUGCCAUGAAAACCUUGAGGAAGGCCGAUGUGUUGAAACGCAACCAGGUCGCUCAUGUGAAAGCGGAACGGGAUAUUCUGGCAGAAGCAGACAACGAAUGGGUAGUGAAACUGUACUAUUCAUUUCAAGAUAGUGAUAUCCUGUAUUUUGUCAUGGACUAUAUACCGGGCGGUGAUCUAAUGUCCCUACUGAUUAAGCUAGGGAUUUUCGAAGAAAACUUAGCAAGGUUUUACAUAGCAGAAUUGACAUGUGCUGUGGACAGUGUGCAUAAAAUGGGAUUCAUACACCGAGACAUCAAGCCAGACAAUAUUCUAAUCGACAAAGAUGGCCAUAUAAAGCUAACAGACUUCGGUCUUUGUACAGGUUUUAGAUGGACGCAUAAUUCGAAAUAUUAUCAACCGAACGGUGACCACAGUAGACAGGACUCGAUGGAUCCAAUCGACGAUUGGGCCGAGGAAUGCAAGUGCAAGGCAUUGAAGCCAUUGGAGAGACGGAGGCGAAGAGAGCAUCGCUGCUUGGCUCAUUCUCUAGUCGGCACACCCAACUAUAUAGCUCCCGAAGUUCUGCAAAGAACUGGCUACACACAUGUGUGCGAUUGGUGGAGUGUCGGUGUGAUUUUGUAUGAAAUGUUGGUAGGCCAGCCUCCGUUUUUAGCCAACACCCCCGCAGAAACUCAAUACAAGGUUAUCAAUUGGGAAACGACGCUGCAAAUACCCAAACAGGCCAACCUAUCGAAAGAAGCGACAGAUCUUAUACUGAAGUUGUGCUGUAGUUCGGACAAACGAUUGGGAAAGAACGCGAUUGAGAUCAAAAAUCAUCCCUUCUUUGAGGAUAUUGACUUUGAUAAGGGUCUGAGAAGACAAGCUGCGCCCCAUAAACCCCACAUAGAAUAUCCAACUGACACCUCAAAUUUCGACCCUAUUGAUCCAGAUCGAUUACGCAACAGCACUUCCAUAGAUUCAUCAAAUUCGGACGAUCUCACCGACAAUUCGAAACUGUUUCACGGUUUCUUUGAAUUCACUUUUAGGCGUUUUUUCGAUGAUGGGGGGGCUGCUUUCAACAAAAUCAACCUGGACGACAACGAGAACCAACCACCGGUUUACGUGUGAUUCAAACGGUAGGGUUGAAUCAAUAAUAAUGUCGCUUUCAGGGCGGUUGAAACCCUCCCAAAUUCACAUGCGUUGUUCGACUGGCUGUGCUGAAAUUUUGAUGAGCGCGCUCGAUUUUCCAGCGAAGAAUCUCGCCAUUUGUUUAUUGCGAUGUUCGCUUCUGCCUUUUUUUAGCUAGUAUAACCAAAAACCAUAUCACUCUUGAUGUGCCUUUAAAUCGUAGACGCGCUCAGAAACGAAUAUCGCCAGUUCAGAAAUCACAUGGUUGUAGAUUAUUGCCAACUCUUUUUCAGAUGUUUUGUUCGGAAUUUUCGAUGUAAAGGACACAUCUAUAAUAUAUAUUUCUUACGUUGAAACUUAGCUGCUUGAUGGAUGGUUAACAUCGAAAUGAAUUCCCUACAAUAUUACGCGAGGUUUAUUGUUAUCGGAGGUUUUUCAUCUGAAGCUCGGUUAAUAGUUGAGGAUUUUUGAUGCAUGAGCAAUUUCAAAACACUGGACGAGCAUGGGAAUAUGAGCGUUUGAACGGAAAAUCAUGUUUCAAGUAAAGGAACGUUUUUAGGUUCUGAUUAACUUGCUGGUAACUAAGCAGUUAGUAUAAAUCUAUUAUACAACAUGGUGCUACAUUGUUAUUGUCGAUAAAUGUGAUAAUUUCCAGUCCUUAUACUAGUACAACGUUUAUUUAAUAUUGAGUGCACACGCUUUUUUGGGAAACUCAUCAACAAAGGAACAAGCUCUAUUAUAUCAAAACUCGCAUUGUAUCCUGCCAAAAAAUAUACAAAAAAUCACUGUGGUAUACAUUGGUUUUUUAGAUAUAUUUUUAUUCAUUUUCUUCUAAUAACACUUCUAUGAAGCCCAAGUUCUAAAAUCAACAACACGGUAAAAAGUUUGUUCUUAAUUAACCAGAUAUUUAAGAGCAAGGACCCUUUUUUUGAAAUAAUUUCAAAUACAUAUUGUGAAAUAUAAACAGUCUCUUCUAUGAGAAGAAGGUAAAGUGAAUAGAACAAAAUUUCAAGAGAACUAAUUGUGAUUUGUACCAGUAUAAAAGGCUGUUUUGAACAAAAUUAAAAUCUAUUAACUGUAAAAAUAUAUGUACAAUUUUAAUCAGAAGUAUGUAAAUAUAAACAUAUGUGUGUG